CCAAAAACCCUAAUUCCCAAUACCCCAAAGAGAGGAGAGACAGAAGCGAGAAGUGACGAGAGCAGAAGCUACUCACUCAGGCGACAAUUCAAUCUCCCCUCUAACCCUUCCUCUCGGCGUCGCACCGCCGCCGUCACCAUCUCGCAGUUCGCAGGUUCGUUCUUAUUUUCGCAAUAAAUCCAUUCCGGAGAAAUUGUUCUUCGAUUAUUGCGUCCAGAUUUCAACAGAUGAAUGCCACCGUGAUUAAUGGUUCUAACACACAAGAAAGCAAGAAGAGAAAGAAAAGACGAGCAAAAUCGGAUCCAGAUCUUCCCUCUUCUACAGGAAAGGUCGAUUGCGAUCAAAACGAAGCAGCGGAUGGAGUCUUAGUUGAUGAUGACUUGAAUGAGCCAACAAUGGGAGAGAAACUUGCUACUCUCACCUUAGUGGAUGAGAACAAAUCCAAAGAAGAUAAAGUUCAAGAAUCUUAUGAUCCUGUAAAACCUCCUAGUGCAGACUCUGUUCAUGUUUUGCUUAAGCAAGCAUUAAAUGCCGACGAUCGCACCCUUCUGCUGGAUUGCUUGUAUACGCAAGAUGACAAGGUUAUUAAAAAGUCAAUUGCACAGUUGAACCCAUCCAAUGUCCUAAAGCUUCUACAUUCUCUCAUUUCCAUUAUUGAAGCCAGGGGUGCAAUUUUGGUAUGUGCUCUUCCAUGGCUAAAGUGCCUACUUGUGCAGCAUGCCAGUGGAAUAAUGUCCCAAGAAUCUUCAUUACGAGCUUUGAAUUCUUUAUAUCAGCUGAUUGAAUCAAGAGUCUCCACUUUCAAAUCGACUAUUCAGCUUUCAAGUUGCUUGGACAUUCUUUACUCGGGAGUUAUCAAUGCCGCGGAAGAAGAAGAUGAAGCAGCAGUGCCUGUUAUCUUUGAAGACAAUGAUGAUAGUGAAGAAGAAGAAGAAUCAGAUGAAAGGGAUGCAAUGGAAACUGACCAAGAUAACAAACAUGAAGGAGACCAAUCAGAUGAAGAAGCACUUGAUGGUGAUAGUGACUUUGAAGAUAUUGAUGAUACGAUGAUGGGAGAGUGAUCAUGAUCAUGAUGUCCAUAUAAUAAUUUUAGAUAUAGCAUAAAUUGAUGUAUUUCAUUGUUGUAUCUUGGAACAUACCAUCACAAUUUUGAAGAUUUCAAGAGACUUGUUUAUUGGCUCAGUUAAUCAAGUAUUUGAAAUGUUUGAUCUUUUCACUAA